UCCGGGUUUUCUCACCGUCCCAGCGGUGUCCAACUGUCACCGGCUGUUGCUCCUGGAGGAGAGGCGGGUAAAAUGUAAACACUGGUCCUUCACCAUGGAGACUUUCUUUAGCUGUUGCUCGAUAGACUUCAUCCUUUCUUUCUCGGUAAACCGGAAACCUCUACCAACCCAAUUCCUACAAGUUGGUGUUUCGAGCUGAGUAGUUGGUCAUGAAAUAAACAGCUUACCAACACGGAACGUUAUGUUAGCUAACUUAGCUAGCUGCUACUAGCCGGUGUCAGCUAGCGUUAGCAAACAUUAGUGGUGUCGUUUAGUUCUGUUAAUACCCUCAGUUACCGCCUAUUGUGUCCUUAUGCAACUUGAUGGAGAACUACGCAGAGUUUGCACAGCUUUGUCUCUCUAGACUGAAGAAAAAUGAGGCAGAAGAGGAGAAACACCGCAGACCUUUAUCAGCAUCCUCCCUCAUCCAGUUUUAUGGACGACCUAUCCUCCCUCCACUGCUCUCAGGGACACAGAGAGAAGAGAUGAGGCGACACAGAGACGAAGCACAGGAAGGUAGAGCCAGCAAAAAGCUCAAGGAUGACUCCAGAAUGGCCCAUGUGCAAACUAUCCUGUACAGCGUUCAGCUGAGAAAGACACCAACACUGCAGGAUUUACUCCAAGAAACGGAGACUAAAUUUGAAUUUCCACACUUGCAUAACAACAGCAGGUUUUCCAUGUCCUGCAGUGAUGUUUCCGUUGGAACCAGGGAAAGUCUUUCACCAGGACCUGCCGGGAAAUUAAAGAAUGGCAUCGCCCAACCUCCAAAGAUUUCCACAACAUACAGUGCCUUUCUUCCUUCAAGUAUGCCGCCUCAGCAAAGUUUCCAGGAAAAAUACCUUACUGAGAGACUGGACAGCCAACAAGGAUUACAGCCAUGUUCCUUUAAUACUGCAAGCCACCAGUCACUAUCCUCAGGUUAUAUCACUUGUGAGAAUCAAGAAAACGCCACAGUUGAUUCUGUCCGGACGAUUGACGUCUGGACGACAGAAGAAACGAACAACAAUAGCGGCUUUUUCCUUCACAGCACCUCAAAUACAAUUGCCAAGAUGCCUGAUAUUAUCAGCCAUCCUCCCAUAGAUGGAGAGGAGCUAGAGAGGACUGGACUCGAGUCGUUCUUUUGCACAAACAUAAUGGGACCUAAAGAUCUGUGUAGCACCUCAUUUCACAUCAAUUCACAGAGAUGUGAUCCUUUAAGAGCUGAACAGCCUGAAUUCAGUCGUCCACACAGUCGGAACAAAGAGGUUGACAUUCCUUUUACAGCCCAACUAAAUCCUGCCAGGAAUAGCAGCACAGAAACAAAUGACGGCUCACUUGCUUCGUCAGAAAAAAACAGCCUGUCAGACAAUGCAGAUUUACAGCGGUCGCUAAAUCUGACAGAAGUCGUCCAUGUUCAGAAACCCCCCAGCAACGCAGAGGCAGAACCUGCAGACAUUGAGAUUGACGUCGCUGACUUAAAGCAACCCAAGGAGUCUCGUCCUCUGAGCCUCCAGGCUUUGCUGAAGAAGUCUCAGGAGUAUCGGCGGCACCAGCGUAUGCUGAGGAACCAAGCCAAAAACACUAAAAUGCACCAGGAGAGAAGUCAGGAGAAGCCAAAAGGGCGAGCAGAGGAGCCGAGCCUUUCUGACAAGGAGAACGAGGAGUUACAUCACAAGGGCGCUGUUACAGUAGAGGGCAAAAAGACUAAGGAGGGGAGAGGCACUCUUAUCUGGUCGGAGAAACCCUCACCUCAGAAACCCUGGAAAACAAACAGGAUUGAGUGCGAAGGCGUAGCAGAAGAUGGAAAAGCCAUGGAACGCCUCAGCAUUGAAGAAGAGACAUUCUUAAAAAACAAGCUGAACAGUUCUCAAGAGGUCAUAGCGACACCUAAACAGGUCAGUGUUUUGAUUCAGCAGCAGCAGUCUUUGAUGAAAACCUCCCUUAUCCAAGGAGCGUUUUAUGAACCACCUUGUCUGCCGUCUUUUCAUGGCGGAGUCGAGAAGUACCGUUCUGUUCCAAUCCCAAGCUUCUGUCUGAGUCCCGUUCCCUGCAAAAAUAAAACAGACAAUGCUGCAGGAACACCAGAACCCAAAUCAGAUUCCAGUUCUGACUUUAACGAGGUCAGAGUUAAGGACAUAAACCUCGAUUGCCAACAGAGCACAACGGAGGUUCCUUCUGGGAAUGUCAUCGUUGGAGACGAUGCCACAAGCGUGUUCGCCAAGGGUUCGCUGCACAUCGAUCAGCUCGAGUCCAACCUGUGCAGUCUGAAGGUACUGAUCUCAGAUCUGGAGUUCACAGUCAAAGAGAACUUGGACGAUCGCCGGGAACCUGACUGCAGCGUGCAAAAUGAUGAGAACCUUGAGAGCAGCAAGGACUAUGAGCAAAUCGAAAACGCUGGUCCGGAUGAUUCCUCCUGCUGUUUGGAGGACACACAGGAUGCUGCUGCUGCUGCUGCUGAUGAUGAUGAUGACAAUGAAGUAGAUGACUUAUGGCAAAGACAAUCAUUCAUUCAGUUUAAGAACAUGGAUAAAGAUGUGGGACCUAAUCCAAGGUCAAGUCUCAGGGAUGUUUCCCUACAGAACGGCUCUGAGAUUAUUAAACUAGUCCAGCAUAGUCAGGUCCGAGCCUCAAUAAAAGAAAACAGAAAUGAGAUGAGUUCAGAAGGAGGAGGCAAUGGUAAUACACAGCGUGGUGUAUCCAAAACAGAGCAACUCCCUUCUAAAAAUACAAUGUCCGUAGCACAGCAGAUGCGAAUACCCAGUAUUUUCCGAAAUGUUGCCUGCAAAUACGUCUCUGCGGCUCACCUUUCACAUCUUAAGGAAAGAGUGGGGAAUAUAGCUGCUGGCUCUGAGGGCCCCGCUCCCUCACAGUCUCUUAAUCGGUCAUAUGACGUGGACACAUCGUCGGACCUUUGGUUGCAGGAAGGAUCAGGAUCCGACCUCGGCUCACAGCGUAGUUACAGUCAGACAAAGGGUCUGACUCCAGAGAGUGGUGUUGAAGAUCAGUCGGGGGUGUCUAAGGUCAAACGGAGACUGCUCAUGCAUGUGACCGAGGGGACCAUGGAGAUGAAUGAAGGAGGGGGCCGAGCAGUGGACUCUAUGGUCAGACCAAACUCCGGCACUCCUACAGCUGGGGUGUAUUUGUCCGAAGGCUGCAGCUUUCAGAAACAAGAGACACUGAAAAGUAAACAAGAGCGACUGAAACAGAUCCAUGCAGCUCAAGUCCGAGCCCUGCAAGAGGAGCACAGGAAGCAGCAGGAAGAACUCUUACAGGUGUUGGCAACACGUUACCGUCUCCUGCAGGACGUGUCUCCCUGCUCUCGACUUGGGGACGCGUUGACCUUCUCCAGCCUCCCUCAGCCCCUGAGCCCGCUCUCGCGGCGCUGCCGCCCCCUGGUGGCUGCAGCCGUAAAAGGCUUUCUAACUCGCAGGAUUCUACGGACGGAGAGAAUUGCGCAGCUGGUGCGCACCAUCAGGGACACGCAGCAGUUCCUGCAAGCCUUCCAGCAGCAGAGCGCCAGCAGAGUGGAUCGCUGUAGUAGGCAAGAUGUAUUAUUGCAGGAGAGAGUUGCUCUGCAGCUGCGCGCUGCCCGUUAUGAGGUUUACGACAUAUUCUUCAGUCUGUCAGCCGGAGAGCAGAUGCAGCUGAUCAGAUGGGACAGAGAGCUGGCCAGGGAGAGGCAGCUCAGACGGCAGAACGGACAUGCCGGUUGCGCCCGAGGGAAGAGUUCUCUGUCUGCUGCGACGCAGAAAUCCCUGGAGAGAAAGAGAGAAAGGAUGAUUCAGAAAAAGGCUGCAGAAUGUCACAGGGGGGCUGCGGCGCAGACCGGCCCAAAGUCUGGAUUCUCAGUCGAGAAACCACAGGAGACAAAACGAGGACAGUUUAAAGCAAAUCCUCAGAGGGUUCCCAAAAGCGUUUGCUCGUCUAGACCUCGAUGACACUUUUUUAAUUGGCCCCAGUGAGAACUCCUCUAGCAGUGCCCUCAGCCAACUGAAUAAAUGCUAGACAGGAAACCUUUUAAAUGUAAAAUCUAAAUGGAUGCUGUAGCUGACCGACCCCAGGAGAUAUAGAGAUGCUGUUUCAGGAAAACUAAUUAUUUAUCUAAUCUGCUUCUUGUAUUGCUCAGAGUUUUCAGUAGAGGAAUCGUAGCUCAUCAGAACAAAAUAUUCUCAAGAGUUGGAAACAAACGCCACCGGCGGUUUGGCUCCUAAUUCAUGGCUCACUUGGACUCCACACAUCUUUAGGUGUUUUCAGUCCCCUGACGUGCAUUUUUACUCCGUUCUGGAGCUAGUGAUUGCACCUGUGCUAAAUAAAAAAAAUAAAAAUGAUGUUUUAUGUGCCUUCCAACAAAGUCAGGUGAAGUAUGGAGGGCCAAAAGUGUUAAAAAUAAUUACGUUUUUUAAAUGUCUGUACAUAUAUCCAUAUUUGAAGCGUUAUGCAGAUUUGUGUAAAAUUAUUUCACUUUUUAUCUUUCAUGGUUCCAAUGCUGCAGUGCCAUAAUUUUAAACUGUUUAAUAACUUUUUUU